AUGGCCGGAACCCUCGCCGGAAAAGUUGUUGUUGCCGGCGCGUGGAGGAGCGUGGCGGCUUUUCUGCCGGAUAAAAUUUCAAGGUUCUUGAAUUUGAACUACAUUUAUGUUCUAGUUAAGCUGGAACUUUCGAGAUUGUAUUGCAGAGCUAAAGAUGGGGACAAUGUACUGGAUGUGUGUUGUGGAAGUGGGGAUUUGACAUUUCUUUUAUCUGAAAGAGUUGGACCCUAUGGCAAGGCGGUUGGUCUUGAUUUCUCAAAGGAACAAUUAUUAACCGCUUCGACUCGGCAGAAAUUACGUUCAAAGACAUGUUACAAGAACAUUAAGUGGAUGGAAGGCAAUGCACUUGAUUUACCCUUUCCUGACUCCUCCUUUGAUGCUGUUACUAUUGGCUAUGGAUUACGAAAUGUGAUCGAUAGACAUAAAGCUAUGACAGAGAUAUGUCGAGUCUUAAAACCAGGCUCAACAAUAUCUAUUCUUGACUUCAAUAAAAGCAUCAACCCCUUGAGCACCACAAUUCAGGAGUUGAUGAUUGACAAUAUAGUUGUUCCAGUAGCAAGUGGUUAUGGCCUAGAAGAUGAGUACAAAUACUUGAAAAGCUCUAUCAAGAACUUUCUGACAGGAAACGAGUUAGAGAUGUUGGCUCUUGAAGUAGGAUUUUCCACUGCCAAACAUUUUGAGAUAGGGUUCGGGCUUAUGGGCAAUUUGGUAGCCAUCCGAUAGAUUGAUUUCAACUGCUUUAUCUUCCUCCUGCCUUCAAAACCGAGAAAAGAUGCAGUAACAAGAGGAAUGAGUGGUAUUUUCACCAAUAAAUGUUUAAAACUUUUUACAUGGAUUUCAAUCAUGCCUAUUAGUGCAUUGAGUAUUGCACCCUGACUGACUGAAGAAGUGUGAUAUAAUAUACUUUUCACCACUAUUUAUUGCCAGUCUCCUAGUCCUUUCUCCUCUCUAUGCUACGAAAAAUGCAGUGACAAGAGGAAUGAGUGGUAUUUUCACCAAUAAAUGUUUAAAACUUUGUACAUGUAUUUCAAACAUGCCUAUUAGUGCAUUGAGUAUUGCACCCUAACGGAAGAUGUGUGAUAUUAUAUACUUUUCA